AUGAGCGAGUUUGCGCGACAGGCACAUCCAGAUGCAGCCCAUCGGGAACGGUUGGCUAGGGAGAUACCUGGGCUGAGCCCGCGACAGGUCCAAGUGUGGUUCCAAAAUAGGAGGGCCAAGCUGAAACGAAUGAGCAGCGAUGAUCGGGAGCGCAUGAUGAAGUCCCGCGCAUUGCCUGAGGAGUUCCCCAUCCUCCAGACGUUGCACACGUACGGAGCUAGGAUGAUGGGCACCCCUGGAGCUUCGCCCACCGACUAUUCCCCGUCAACGGCUGGCGGCAUUGGAUACCACCGUCCGGACCCGCUCCGGCGGAGGUCGCACCUGGGCAACGACGACGAUGUGGCCGUAUCGCCGACGACACCGGCUUAUGGCAUGUCUUUCGCAUCCAACACGCCAUCCUCCGGCGAUAUGCUGUCCCCUGUCUCGACCAGCGGCGAGCGCUCAGGUUACCUCGGAUAUAUGACUGCUCCGCUCGGUCCCCAGCAGCGAGGGAACCCCUUCUCCCGUACAGCCGACCCUUACCGGGCACAUUCAAGUGUACCGCGCCUGCAGCUGCACGACACUCCGCGCAGUCUGAGUGAGAACUCGGGUUCACCGUUGGCAACCAGCACCACGUACGGUGGUCACGAUGAGUAUCAACACAGCCCUGGCGGAUACUCGCUCCAAGGGAUGUACAACAACCAAAACGGCAACAACAACGAGCCGCCACGCAGUGUACCUCCGGAUACUCCAGCGAGUCCUUAUGUGCACAGCAAUCCAGGUACGUUGGCUUCCUUCCCUUCCUUGCCCCUCUCUCCCGAUACGAUCGUGCUGACAUAUAGCAAUAGGUGGCUUCACACAUCCGUAUCCCUCGCCGGCACCGGCAUCUAA